AUGGGUGCUAACACCUGCGACGGAGACGUCUAUAUCCAUAACUUGGCCACGUUCAUCAAAUCUCACGAGCGCCAGCUAGCCAAUGCCUUGGUGGCCUACAAGAAGAGUGCUCCUAAGACAAGCACAGCUGACAAGCCCAAUUCCCUGCCGAGACAACAUCAACAGACGACAAAGCCGGUCAGGCUGUCUCUUUCUCUGCACCAUCUGUAUUUUUUACUCGGUAAAUUCCAGGAACUGGGCAUCAGCGUAGGCCCAAUGAACAUUCGACUAGAUAAUAUUGAUACCGAAAGCUCCAACAACUACGUUUCAUUUUUGAGUGAAUUUCAAAGGAACAAGGCCAUACAAUCGGACGCUCAAUCGAUUCACUCGAUGUCCAGUGUCAAGUCAGUUAUGUCGAGCGUUUCAGCCCUGUGGACCACGCUAAGCUCAAGUGGCCAAAAGGGAGACAAUAUUAUCAACGAUCUCAAAUACCUAUAUUCUGCAUUUACAAAACUCCCCUGUCUCAGGUUGGCGACAGAUCCCAAUGCCAAGCUGAUCGAAGGCCAUGAAGAGUAUCCUUUCGACACGUCAACGCCUAUAAAGAUAUUCAAAAACCUUUCUGUCCUAGAGAUCUCAGAUAUGGAUCCGAAAGAGAUCUAUGGCUGGCAUAUACUGAGCGAAAACAUUAGAUUCUUGGUUGUCAAACGUACUAACAUCACAGAUCCAUACGACAUUCUUGUUACAUUGGUCAACGACGACAUAAACAAGCGUGGGUCAAUGUACUCUGAGGAUUCAGAGCCAUCGCCUUCUUCUACUGCUUCUCUCGCAAUUCCGAUGGCCAAAAGAGGCUCUUUUUCUUCCCCCUCAGUUCACAACUCCACAAGUUUUUCUAAUUCAUAUGGAUCUUCCCACCACCACUACCUCAGCGGAUCACUUCCAGAAACCACGUCACCACCAUCAUCCUAUUACGCUUCACGACUUCCCACUGACGACAAAUAUGCAUUGAUUCCUAGAAGACAAUAUCAUUACCACCAUAAAUCACGCUACACCCCGAAAGAUACACUACCUACCAUUGACCAGAUUCCUAUUUCCUCAAACCCGCAUGAAUUUUCUAAGAUUCACUGGAAAUUAUUGAAACAUUUGUCGCUCACAGAGAACAAAAUAACAAGAAUUAGCGAAGACGCGUUCACCAAUUUGGAGAAUCUAUCGUCUCUUGACUUGUCGUACAAUAACUUGACGGAGAUCCCUCACGGGGCACUGGCAAAACUUCAUAAUCUUAAGUCACUGAACCUUUCAUUUAACAAGCUGGUUAACACCAAAACGUUUCCCAAGACGCUGAACAAGUUGACCAUUCUCAACUUGCGUGGUAAUCAAUUAUCAAACUUGGAUACUUUGGAGAAUGCCACAUCGUUGGAGAAAAUUGAUCUGCGACAAAACAAGCUGACUAAGGUUGCUGAGAUGAAGCCGCUUUUCUUGCUGAAUAAUGACGUUGUGAAGCUCAACAUCUUGUACUUAGUUGGUAAUCCCUUGGCCAGCAACAGAGGUUACAGAAUCGAGUUAUUCAAUUUGUUCAAUGGAGUUGACUACUCAAAUGAUCUACGCAUUGAUGGCUCAAAACCUGGAAUAUUCGAGUCGAGAUUAUUGCUUGAUGCAAAGUCUGCUCAAUUGAAGCUAAAUAAGUUUUUGGACGCUAGCAUUAUUUCGAAGAUGGCCGAAAGCGUUUCCACGAUGAACAUCAAUAAGAUAAUCACCACGACGACAACCGGAGAUAAUUCGAUGUCAUCGGAUAUGCUGAAUAAUCGCAUGAGCUCACAGUCUCGAGUGAGCACGUCUUCCAAAGAAAAACGCGAGGAUGCACGGGAUUCGAUUGAUUCAAGGGUCUCACAACGGUCCAAGCCUCCGCCAUUGAAUUUGGACACUAAUAAGACUCAGAUGCCAACACCUCAACCUCAAGCUCAGAUAUUGACGCCCAACAAGAAUCUACUAAAUUCUUCUGAUCACAUGCUUCCACCGCAGAAACCUUUUUCCCAGAAAACAUCGUCUGUGCAAUCUUCGAGUACAGGAAACUUGUGGGAACAAAUUAGCUCAGCGGUGCCGGUAUCUGAGACCAUCAGGACCUCAACGUUGGCUACCCCAAUUAGUGCGAACUAUACUUUUGAAAAGCCUCAGUUGGAUCAAGGGUCCCAGCUUCCUUCACCAGUUGCUUCAAGCCAGCCGUCGAGGGCGGUGUCAAUUGACGAGAAUGUGUAUCCCUCAGGGGUAAUUUUGACACGGCAGGUCAAUGCUUCGAAUUCUUCACUGGCCACAACCUCUUCGAGAAAGCCAUCUCAGGAAGCCAACCCAAUCAACAAGAUUAGCCUGGCUGCACCGGCGCUUCCAGUGAUCACGCAAGCCACCACAAUGACCACAGUUUCUUCGGAUCCUCCUACGCCUCAUAGUCAGCGUCGCAGCGCAGACAAUGACUACUUUGCCGGUGCUGUAACUUUACAGAGUCCGAUCAAAGCUCAGACUUUCCGUCACUCUGACACCAGAAUUGACCCGAAUCCUGAUUCAGCAGCCAUAGACAUUUCCAUUAUGAACAUGAUACGCGAAACCAAAGAUGAAGCCGGCCAGCCAGAGGCCGAUUCCAAAGAGGAGCUUUCGCAGGGACGCAAGAUAUCAGUUAGUUAA